ACAAUCGAGGCAGAUAAAUCUCGCGCGCUUCAUAUUCAAAAUGGCGGCGGCCGAGGUGCAAAAGGAACUGAACGUAUUUUAAAAAUAUCAACUCCUCAAAGGCACACCAAUCACUUACUAGAACCAUGAAUGAAGAGGAAACUUUGUCAUAAUGUCGAGACUAUAUAAAGGACUAGAAAAAGCAGAGAAAAACCCUGAAAAGGGAUGGAAUACAAACUUUUCAUCAAAACCGGAGGCACAGUCAUCUUCUUCGGUAGAAAUAUCCCCAACGUCUUCUGAGAGUGCCGAGGAAGAUGAUGUUAUGCUGUUGACGCCUCAAAAGACUGACAAGAGGCAAGCUAGUGGAAGCAAAAGAUGCAUGUCAGAUUCUGCAAGAAAUGCGUCUGACUUUAAAGCUGAACACAAAGCCUAUAAAAUUCCCAAGAUCACUAAAUCAUCCACACCAGCCCGACCAAACUGCUCCUCACAUUCCAGCAAGACUUCAGGUGACCCAUGGGGGUUUGACAGUGCUUUUGCUGACAGCCCUAAAGGAUCAAACAAUAGGGCAUAUAUGAUUCGCCGACAAGCUGAACUAGGGCACAGUUGUUUACGGCCUGGUGUCUCUGCUGUUAGGGGAAGGGCUCAUAGAGACAGUCCAUUGAAGGGAAACCAGCACUCUAGCUGUCGAUCAAAUGAUCGACGCCAGGGCAGGGCAUUUGACACUGAGAUUGAGAUGUUCCGAAAGAACGGUCGGUUUAAGCAUGCUGAUUGCUUGGGAUUUUUGAGAGAGGAGUCAAGUUCUUAUUGUAAUGAUUCCAGUAGUGACAAUCACCAUGGUAACAGUAAAAGUUGUUCCCUUGGAAACAAAAAUGGUAAAGAUACAAGAAAUCGAAAUGGUAAUGACAGCAGUCAUGUUGUCGUUAAUGAAAGUCUUAGUGGCGAUGGAAAUAAAGUUUCAGACAAAGUUUGCCACAGGAUUGAUAUAACUUCUUUGUUGGUGCCCUCAGUGGUCUUGUCACAGAGAGAGAAGCAUCUACAAAAUCCCAUUCACAAAAAUAGGACAAUUGAUACCCCGAUAAAGACAUCAUGCACGCAAAGGCCUACUUCUUUGUGCAAGGCUGAUUCUAUGCACUCUGAUUGUUCAGAGGAGUUUGAACCAAAGACAAAUCACUUAUCUAAAGUUUAUGAUCAAAAUGAUGCCAAACUCAAUGACAAAGAUGCUGCUGAUGAUGAUAAAUUAGAUUGUUCUCAAGACUUUAUAUUGACCAUUGACAAAAAGAACACAAAGAACUCCCCCUCUUCUGCAGAAUCUGACAAUGAUAAGGGGUCUAUGACAGCUGGCCCCAUUAACAGCGAUCUUUUCAAAUGCCAGUUCUGUGGGAAUUACUUCAAAAAGAAUAGGGCCUGUAAUAAAUGUGGAAGGGGGUUUUAUGUACCCCCUGCCACACCCAGGGCACCUUUACACGAACUGAAGAGGGACAAAACAAAAGAAGAUUCUUUAUUUGGUGAAGAAGAAGGACAUGCUAAUGCAAAAUCAUUCUAUGGAGGUCAAAAGUCUUAUUCAUUUAGUGGGAAAAAUAAGAAGGCAAAAUCUUCAAGCUUCAAAAAUAAUGUUGGAUCACAAACCACAGAAAUUCCUAAAAAAAGGAAGGGGAGGCCACAAAAAAAGAGUUCAGAGAGCAACACUAAAAAGAAAAGCAUGGAAAAAACAAAGUCUCAAGAACCAAAUAAGCCAGUUUGUGUUUUGAUAUCAUCAAGUGAUGAGGAAGACAAUGAAGAAGCAGAUAGUGUUUCUAAAGAUGAACCCCAAGAUAAGGAAGACGAUGAUUCUGAAAAUUCCUCAGAACAAGCGGAAGACAAGAGAGAACCUGACCCUAAGAAAACCAAGGACUCGCCCAAGCCCUCCCCUGAUCCUGUAGACCCGUUUGAGAGGGAUUCCUUCUCUGCAAACAUAGCACUGGGUGACACUGUCAUGCUUGGUACCCUGUCAGGCACCCCGAUUGGGAAUCUUGAGCUGAGUGUUAAUAUGCUGAAGUGGAUGAUGGAAUACAAUGAAAAAGAUGGCAAAAGAAAAAUAAAUAUCUAUAUUGAGGGAAGGGAUCUCACAUCAUUUAAGAUAACAAGAGAUCAAAACCCUAAGCUGAUAGUACUAGGUGUUACACAAGCUCUGGCUCUUAGAUUUCAAUACAAGUUGAAUGGCAAUGGAAAGUUUUUAAAUCCAGGAAGUGCAGUGACAGCAGAGAGGGACAUUGUUCUUGAAGUAAAAGAUACAAUUAAAGAUGAAUUAAUAGCUGACCUCGAAGAAUGGGUAACAGACACUCUAAGUAAAGAGUUUAAGAACUUGAGUGUAGAAGAAGCUGAGUCCAUAAUCACCUGUGUUAAGCCUUUCAAGGAUUCAUGUACCAGAUGCAACAGCGGUGAACCAUCAGCUUCUAGAUAUAACACCAGGUCAAAUGACACCUCUGCCAAACAAAAGAACAAGCCUCCACCGGAAAACCUGCUGGUCUACCCUCCUCCGCCACAGCAGGGCGGUAUCAACAUCACCACAGCGGAUCUCGAUUGUCUACAGGAAGGGGAAUUCCUCAAUGAUGUCAUCAUCGACUUUUAUCUCAAAUAUAUCUUUCAUGAGAAAUUAACAGAUUUCGAUCGUGAGCGGACACAUAUAUUCAGUUCCUUCUUCUACAAGCGAUUGACACAGAGAGCCAGCAGUGAGACUAACUUAAGUGUCAUUGAACGAAUGCAUAGUCAAGUAAAGACAUGGACCAAAUAUGUCGACAUCUUUCAGAAAGACUUCAUCGUCGUACCCAUAAACGAGAGCUCUCAUUGGUAUCUCGCCAUUGUAUGCUUUCCUGGCCAGGACGGGCCAGUGUUUAAAGUAAAUUCAGAAGAAGGAAGUGAUCAUGAGUCCGAGGUUCGACAAGAUGUUUACUCUGUUAGGCAAAGUAAUGAAGCAUUGCCACAGAAGCCGUCGCGUUAUUUUUUGGAAACAAUUUUACGCAAAACAAGCGUCUCAGAAAAAAAUGACGAUGCCACGGAUGAGGAAGAGAAAAAGACUUUGAGCGCUGAUGCAGGGAACCCUCCCAUAACUAACGCGACUAAUCCCGGCUCGCAACCCAAGGGAAUCAUCGAAUCAUGCCCGUGUAUUCUAGUAUUCGACUCCCUUGGCGGAUCCGGGAGGUCGAGAGUCACAUCCAACCUGAGAAAUUACCUUAUGCACGAGUGGAACCACAAAAAAUCCGAGGAAAAGAAGAGGGACUUCUCUAAAGAAACAUUCAAAGGAGGCUUUCCUAAGGUCCCAGAACAAGAUAAUCACUGUGAUUGUGGAGUCUUCCUACUGCAGUACGUCGAGAGCUUCUUUGAGGAUCCUAUCAAAGAUUAUAGGAUGCCGAUACGCCGAAUUGACUGGUUCACCCAAGAGCGGAUCGCACGAAAGCGGCAGGAAAUUCGAGAUCUAAUCUAUGAGCUUAAAGAUAGGACAUCAUCAACCUCAUCCUCAGCAAAAAGCAAGACUUGACUACAAACCCUUGCUUGUCGCACGCGGCAGGAAAUACGAGUUCUAAUCUGAGCUCGAAUACAGGACAUUACUGACCCCAGUCUUGAUCACGAAAUCUGGCUUGUCAGCCCUCGGCUCUGUCUCCAGCUGUUGUUGUAUGUACUUCAUGUUACCAAUCUGGAUUGUAUCAGAAUAUAAAUUGGCAUGCCUCAUAAACGAGCUUUUCGCGCGCGGGUGAAGAUCGUGGUUGCACUACGACCACUACGGCGGGUAACUCAGAUUAAGGGUACCUUCUAAUCUAAGAAAAUUGGCCUAGGAAAAACGCCUAGGUUAUUAAUAAUAAUAUGGUCAUUUCUAUAGGGCUAAAUACACCUAUUUUAAAAAGGGUUGCACUUGAGAAUCAAGGUGUCGUAACCCGCGGUGGUUCAUGGGUAGCGUAUAAACGGCUAAAUCCUUGUAUCUGAAAGCCACGGUGAAUGUUCAUGAGAACAUAAACAAGACUUCUACAACUUAAAACCUGUAUUUGUGUUUUAUUUUAUUAAAGCUUAUUUUCUUAUUUACUUGAUACCCAUUACAGCGCGACCAAGAAAACCGUGAACACCGGAAACAUGUAUGGAAUGUUUGUUCUGACCAAUCACUCGCGAGAUAUUCAAACAGUCAACUGGAAACAUGUCUCAGCAAGUCUCAGUGUCUGAAUUCACGCGUCUGAUUCGUGAGAAGACAAUAAACAUUCCACACAUAUUUUAGGUGUCCACAGUUUUAAUGGUUAUGCUGUAAGCACUACGGGUUAUGGUAAACAGAUUCUCAGAGUGCAACCUUAUUUGAAAUAGGUGUAUCAAUAAUUUCUCAUGGUUGUUUAGAGUACUGUUAUUAAAAAGUACUUGAACUCUUCAACCAGUAUUGAAUUUUGCCAUUGCCGACUAAGCUGAUCAAGUGGGUUUUUUGGUAACAAACUUAAACAAGACACCAACACGCGGAAGAUGGCUGCGGUAGUCACGCCAUAAAAGGACGAAAAAAUUAUCAAUGAAGAUAAAGUCAAGACACGAAAACGUCCAUGCUGAAGCCGGUUCCUCGAAAUAUUUGGGGGAGGGGGGUUACAGAAACAUUAAGAUAGAAUUGGGGGUGACUUCAACAAACCUUAAUUAAUAUUUUAUAAUCAAAACAGUGAUUGUCGCAUGUUGGCCAACUGGCCAACUGGCCAACAUUUUCUUAAAUUUGCCCCUAAUGGCCACGAAGAAGCUCGUCAAACUGUAAGAUAUUUAUUGAAAUCACUUAAAAUAAAUGAAAAAAAAUGGUCA